CUCUUCAGUCUUACCUAAUCCACAAGCCAAACAUACACAAACAUGGCGAUAUUACAAGCAGGCAAGAUGCAGUGCUCUCUUCGGUGGUCGUUAUAUUUAUUAGUCCUCUGGGUUGCCGGAAUUAAUUCGUCGACCCUUCGUCUGCACACGGAGCGGGACUACAUACUGCCGCAAAACAGAGGAUUUUUCACAAUAGAAGCAAAUGAGGAUUUACCAGACAGAGAUGGAGGAGGCGCCGCGGCUCCAACGCUGCUUCUGGCCGCUCGUAGUGCCGCUGAAGGCGGGUCGGACUCCGGCGCCUAUCCGCAACAUCGAAGCCGUCGGAGCCCUGGUGAAUCGGCUAUGCCAAAGGUGUACGGGCAGGCCAACCUGAACGACUCUCAUAACCAGAUGGUGGUCCACUGGGCUGGAGAGAAGAGCAACGUCAUUGUCGCCUUGGCUCGAGACAGCGCAGGAGCCACCGGGCCCAAAACCAGCUCUGUCUAUGUGUCCUAUGACUACGGGACCACUUUCACACUCGUCUCAGACAAGUUCCAGCUUUCAGCUCAAGGCCAAGGAUGGAGCAAGCAGAUCAUCUCCCAGUUCUACCACAGCCCUGCCGACAACAGGAGGUACCUUUUUGUGGACUCCACCAACAACUACCUGUGGAACACCUUUGACUUCUGUAAGAGCGUCCAGGGCUUCUCUCUGCCCUUCAAACCGACAGAUCUGCUGCUCCACAGCAGAAGAUCCAACCUGGUGCUCGGCUACGACGGCUCUCACCCAAACAAACAGCUGUGGAAAUCAGACGACUUUGGGGAGACAUGGGUGUUAAUCCAAGAGCACGUGAAGACCUACUUUUGGGGUGUGGAGCCCUACGACCCCCCCACCAGAGUGCUGGUCCAGAGACACGAGCCCCAGGGUGUCUCCACUAUACUCAGCAGCACCGACUUUUUCCAGAGUGAACAGAACCGCACAGUGAUCCUGGAGCAGGUCGACAGCUUCCAGCUCCGGGACAAGUACCUGUUCGCCACCACCACACGGAAACAGUUUGGCAGCCAUGAACCUUCGUCUGUUCAGCUCUGGGUCUCCUACAACCGCCAGCCAAUGAAAGCGGCCCAGUUUAUGACCCGACAUCCAAUCACAGAGUACUACAUAGCAGAUGCGUCAGAGGACCAAGUGUUUGUGUGUGUGAACCACCUGAACAACGUCACACACCUCUACAUCUCAGACACACAGGGCCUGUCCUUCUCUCUGUCACUGGAGAAUGUUCUGUAUUACAGUCCUGAGGGCUCCAGCAGCAACACACUGAUCAGGUAUUUUGCCAAUGAGCCUUUUGCAGACCUGCACCGCGUGGAGGGACUGCGAGGAGUCUUCAUCGCCACGCUCAUCAACGGCUCGGUCAGCGAGGACAACAUGCGAUCCGUCAUCACUUUCGACAAGGGGGGGACGUGGGAGCUGCUUCAGCCGCCUGCUGCCGACAGCCUGGGAGGAACUGUGGACUGCCAGCUCGGAAAAGGUUGCUCUCUCCACCUUGCCCAACGCUGGAGCCAACUGUUCAACAUCCAGCUGAGGAGAAUGACAAUUUUAUCCAAGGACUCUGCACCAGGACUCAUCAUGGCCACAGGAUCUGUUGGAAGGAACUUGGCCAACAAGCCUAAUGUGUAUGUAUCCAGCAGCGCCGGAGCUCGCUGGAGAGAGGCACUGGCAGGCCCUCAUUUCUACACAUGGGGUGACCAUGGUGGUAUCCUGAUGGCUAUCGCACAAGGAGGCGCCACCACACACCUCAAGUUCAGCACCAAUGAAGGCGAGACGUGGACCGACUUUCAAUUCUCAGACAGGGAGGUGUAUGUUUACCAGCUGUUGACUGAGCCCGGGGAGAAGAGCACAAUCUUCACCAUCUUCGGCUCCUACGCCGACCAGAGGCACAGCUGGCUCAUCCUGCAGGUCAACACCUCCGAAGUUCUGGGUGUGCCGUGUUCUGACGCUGACUACAAGCGCUGGUCACCGUCAGAUGAGCACGGUAACGAGUGUCUCUUGGGCAGAGAGGUAACGUUUAAGAGGCGAGCUCCCCACGCUACCUGUUUUAACGGAGAGGACUUUGACCGCCCCGUCACCAUCUCUAACUGCUCCUGCACACGCCAGGACUACGAAUGUGACUACGGCUUCAAGCUGAGUGAAGACUUGUCUUUGCAGGUGUGUGUGCCUGACCCUGAGUUCUCAGGUGAUCUCUAUGCCCCUCCAGUGCCAUGUCCUGUCGGUACCACCUACCGUCGCAGCAAAGGCUACAGGAAGGUACCAGGCGACAGCUGUAGUGGAGGAGAUGUGGAGUCCAGGCUGGAUGGAGAGAUGCUGCCUUGUCCUGUCGGAGAGAGUAACGAGUUCAUCCUGUACGCGGUGAGGAACUCCAUCCAUCGCUACGACCUGGCCACAGGCACAGACCAGGCCCUGCCUCUGGUCGGCCUCAGGGAGGCUGUUGCUCUAGACUUUGACUAUGACAGGAACUGCCUGUACUGGGCUGACAUCUCACUGGACACCAUACAGCGUCUGUGUCUGAACGGCAGUACAGGUCAGGAGGUUGUAGUGAGGAAAGAUCUGCAGAAUGUGGAGGCUCUGACCUUUGACCCCGUCAGUAGGUUGUUGUACUGGGUUGACGCUGGAGCGCAGAAAAUUGAGGUGUCUAACCCUGAUGGCGACUUGCGUCACACUCUGCUCAACUCCUCUAUCCUGGAGCACCCCAGAGCUCUGGUUCUGCUGCCUGGAGAGAGUCUGAUGUUCUGGACUGACUGGGGAGACCGAGCGGCAGGUGUUUACCGGAGCUACAUGGAUGGAACCAAUGUGUCCUGCAUCGUGUCAGAAGGCGUCCGCUGGCCCAACGGGAUCACAGCUGAUGACCACUGGCUGUACUGGACCGAAGCUUACAGCGACCGCAUCGAGAGGGCCGACUUCACCGGGGGCCAGAGGAGCGUUCUGAUGGAGGGGCUGCCCCACCCGUAUGCCAUCGCUGUCUUCAAGAAUGACCUGUACUGGGACGACUGGUCCAGAAUGGGGAUCUUCAAAGCUCCAAAAGCUGGUUCCCAGAGCAAUGAGCUGAUUGUUGGCAGGCUAACUGGAGUCAUGGACCUCAAGAUCUUCUAUAAGGGGAAGAGCAGAGGCCAUAAUGCCUGUGCUGAUCAGCCGUGCAGCCUGCUGUGUCUGCCUCAGCCCGGCCACCGACACACCUGUAUCUGCCCAGACGGUGCCCCGACUGUAACCACGCCCAACGGAGAGCUGCAGUGCCAGUGUCCAGCCGGCUAUCAGCUCCAAAACAACACCUGCGUCAAAACUGUGCACAGCUGUUUGCCCAACCAAUACCGCUGCUCUAAUGGCCGCUGCAUCAGCAGCAUCUGGAAGUGUGACAGCGACAAUGACUGUGGAGACAUGAGCGAUGAACAGGAGUGUCCCACUACGACCUGUGACCCGUCCAACCAGUUUCGCUGCAUGGCCUCAGGUUCCUGCAUUCCCCUGGCCUUCAAAUGUGACCAUGAAGACGACUGUGGAGACAACAGUGAUGAAGAGCACUGUGAGUCUCACCAGUGUGGCCCAGGAGAGUUUACAUGUGCGCGAGGUGUUUGUAUCCGCGAGGCAUGGCGCUGUGAUGGAGACAAUGACUGCAGAGACUGGUCGGACGAAGCCAACUGCACAGUGGGCCACCACACAUGUGAGGCCAGUAGCUUCCAGUGUCGCACGGGUCACUGUAUACCACAGCGCUGGAUGUGUGACGGGGAUGAUGACUGCCAGGAUGACUCCGACGAAGACCCCCAACAUUGUGAGGGAACUCGGUGUAAUGGCUUCCUCUGCUCCAAUCACACCUGCCUUCCAGCCACUGCACACUGCAACGGUAUCAAGGACUGUUCAGAUGGCGCUGAUGAGCACAACUGUGACCCGCUGUGUACUCGCUACAUGGAGUUUGUAUGCAAGAACCGAGCCCAGUGUCUGUUUCAGUCCCUGGUUUGUGACGGGAUCAAACACUGUGAAGACGGAUCUGAUGAGGACACCGACUAUGCCGGAUGUGCCACGCCGUCUGAGUUUGGCAAAGUGUGUGAUGCCUACACCUUCCAGUGUGCCAAUGGAGUGUGUGUGAGCCUGGAGUGGAAGUGUGAUGGCAUGGACGACUGUGGGGAUUAUUCUGAUGAAGCCAACUGUGCUGCUCCCACUGAGGUCCCAGGCUGCUCCAGGUAUUUCCAGUUUGAGUGUAGAAAUGGACGCUGUAUUCCAACAUGGUGGAAGUGUGAUGGAGAGAACGACUGUGGGGACUGGUCUGAUGAGGCCCAGUGUACAGGUGGUGGUACUCCUCACACUGUAGCCCCUGGUCCCUCUACUUGCGCCCCCAACCGCUUCCACUGUGGCUCUGGAGCGUGCAUCAUCAACACCUGGGUGUGUGACGGCUACGCUGACUGUCCUGAUGGCAGCGAUGAGCUGGGAUGUCCCACAGCAGCUAAUGGCUCUGUGACGAUGGCUCCAGUACCCACCCAGGCCCCGCCCUCCCCUGCACGUUGCAGUCGGGGUCAGUUCCUCUGCCGCCGACCCCCCCACUGCAUCCCCGACUGGCAGCGCUGUGACGGCCAGCUCCACUGCCAGGACGGCUCCGAUGAAGCCCACUGCCCCACUCGUGGACCUUUGUUCUGUGUUAAUGGGACUCGCUGUUCUGAUGGUGAAGCCUGCGUACUGGACAGUGAGCGGUGUGAUGGCUUCCUGGACUGCUCUGACCACAGCGAUGAGGACAACUGCACCCUGGACUCGCUGGCCUAUAAAGUCCAGAACCUCCAGUGGACACCAGACUUCUUGGGUGCCAUCACCCUGACAUGGUCUCGCCCCAAAAACCUUCCUCUGGACUCCUGCUACUUCCUCAUAUACUACAGGCUCGUGGGCACCCAGCAGUGGACCAUUAUGGACACUCACAGCAACAAGACCAGCUACAAACUGACCGUGCUGAAACCAGACACAACCUACCACGUCAAGGUGCUCACUCAGUGUCUCAGCAAGCUGCAUAAGACCAACGAGGUGAUCACAGUCAGGACACCAGAGGGCUUGCCCGACCCACCCAGGAACCUGCAGCUGUCUUGUGAUCACGGUGAGGAUGGGACAGUGGACGUUUCCUGGAGCCCUCCUGACAAAGGACACGGCCUCAUCAGAGAGUACAUUGUUGAGUACAGUGAGCGAGGGAGUCUCGAUUGGACGUCACAGAGAUGCACAACAACCAACACUGAGGUGAAGGAGCUGCAGCCAGACACUCUGUAUAGGUUCAGGGUGGCAGCAGUGACCAGUCGAGGUGUGGGCAACUGGACCGAGGUUAAAUCCAUCAUCCCUAAGAAAGCUCUGCCCCCACCCUCUGUGAUCGCUGACAGCAUCACGGCCGACUCCAUGAGCCUUUCUUUCAGCUUCAACUCCCAGUACGACGUGAAAAAGUACAUAGUGAUUCUGUCCUGGCAGUUUGACACCCACGUCAAGGAGAGUAGGAACUACACGGUCACAGAAAGGAUCCUUAAAGCUACAAACCUGACAGCAGGGACAGUGUAUGAGGUGGCUGUGUGGGCUCACACCAGUAUAGGAGACAGUCCCACCGCCCUGUCCCAUCAUCAGACCACCGGUACCCAGCCAGACCGGCCCCUCCUCAAAGCCCGGGCCCUCAACCAGACAGCUGUGGACUGCAGCUGGACCAUCAGCAGAUCCCCUGCUCAGGUGUAUGGUGUGUUUUAUGCCACCUCCUUCCUGGACUUGUACCACAGCCCUCGCCUGGUCUCCACCACUUCUCUCAGCCUGACAGUCACAGUAGACAGUGAUGAACAGUAUCUCUUCCUGGUGCGGGCUGUCUCUCCCUUCCUGGGUCCUCCCUCUGACUACGCUGUGGUGAAAAUGAUUCCCAACGAGAGGCUGCCACCAAGGAACCUCCAUCGUGUUCGGGUAGAGAAGACACAGGCCAUGCUGAAGUGGCAGCCGCCCUACGACGCCCCAAACUCAGCUCUGACGUAUGCGAUUCACGUGCGGGACGUGAUCCGCAAGGUGGAGCGGGACUACAAGCUGACCACCCAGAACAACACGGUGGAGUACCUGCUGAAAGGCCUGGAGCCCGGAGGAAGAUACAGCAUCUCUGUCCGCCUGCGCAACAUGAGCAAGGAAGCCAGCUUUACUCUCAGCACAGUUCCUCUCCCAGCUCCUGAAGCCCUGAAAAUCUUGACAGAGAAAGAUCAUGUGUUCCUCUUCUGGAAGAGUCUGGCUGUCAGAGAGAAGGGCUUCAAUGAGAGCAGGGGUUAUGAAGUGCAUGUGUAUGACAGUGUGACCAACCAGACGUCCUACCUGGGAAACACCACAGAGAACUAUUUCCGCAUCAGCACCCUGCUGUUGGGGCACAACUACACUUUUUCGGUGCAGGCCCGCUGCCUGCUCGGCGGUCAGCUGUGUGGGGAACCUGCACAACUGCUCUAUAACCAGAUGACAGCCGGAGCCAGUGAUGCCUCCCGCGGUGAGGGCCACUCAGGAGACAUGGCGGCGGUGGUGGUCCCGGUCCUCUUCCUGUUGCUGCUGGGGGUGUGCGGCGGCUUGGUGGCGCUCUACAUCAGACACCGCCGACUGCAAAACAAUUUUACUGCCUUCGCAAACUCCCAUUACAACUCCCGUCUGGGCUCUGCCAUCUUCUCCUCAGGGGAUGAACUGGGUGAUGAUGAUGAAGAUGCUCCCAUGAUCAGUGGCUUCUCAGACGACGUUCCCAUGGUCAUCGCGUAGCAAGACGUCCCUCCAUUACCUAUUUCUCUCUUCCCUUCUCCCCUUUUCUUCUUUAUUCCCCAUCACUCCCCAUCAGUGGCGAGGUACGAUGGAGUGAAGGUGAAACAGGCGGAAACUUCGCCAUCCCAAAUACGUUGAUGAUAGCCACCCCGAUUAGCAGGAAACAUGAAGAAAAUUGGAAAAGUGUAAAGAGAGAAAGAGAUAUUUUUCAAAUAUACAAUGCACUUUUUUUGGAUGCGCAAUAACUUAUUUUUUAUAAUAUUAAAUAUAUAUAUAUAUGGGGUCAAAAAAGGACUGUGAGAAAGAGGUGGACACUGAAGCAAACUGUGAAGGAUUUGAGUUUGUCGAGCACGCCAGGGAAAGAGAGACCCUAUUUGUAAUGCAAACUCACUAUCCAUAGGAGUGGUUCAUUGCUUAAAGCCAAAACAAGCAUCCAGAGACUGGGGUAUAGAAUGCAAAAAGACACAUAGGAAAAACAUACAGAUAUAUAUAGACAAAUGCUGUAUACAAUAUGUACAAAUGGAAAAUAUUGGAGCAGUGAUGGUUACAUAUUUUGGUAAAAGUACAGUGUGUACAAUAGCAGUAUAUGUAACAUUGGUGCCCAGUGUGAGGCAGUUGGAAGAGCUAACUGUGGAUCAUGUUUCAUCACUUACAGAAUCUGAAUCGUUUGUCUAUUUGAAUGAUCAACAGUUUGGAAAACCGCUGAUUAUUGUAAAUGCAUUAACAAAAUAUAUUGGAUUAGAUAGAUACACCUUUAUUUUCCACCACCAGCACACUGUUGUAUGUCUGUACGGAGAGGCAACACAUGAACCAUGACACGAGAAUAUUCCUAGGGGGUGGGGGAGAAGAAUCCCUCACAGCAUUGUCGACAUCAUCAGACCUAUUUGUAAAUAUUGGCUUUUAUUAUGUCCUUUCCUUGUAAUGCUGCACCAUAUCAUUCUGUAAAAUGUGUUUUUUUUUUUUUAUCGUUUCGGACCACAUAUUAUCUUCCCCAGCAUUUUGCCAUAGCUGUAGUCGUAGAGGAAGUGGGUUCUCAGGGAACUGUGUCGGAGAGGACACCAGCGCAGCACCACCAUCACCACCAUGGCUUAGGCAGCACUGUCAAUCUACUGUUGAAUAGGUACAGAAAGCUUUGAUGAAGAGGAGUUGUGGGUGGAAUGACUGGCAGACACAGAUUAUUGUCAGUUGUGAUGAAGAGUCAGGUUCAGGCUCACCAUCUGGUUUCGAAAAACAAUUAAAGGGUCGAUUCAAACAAAAGAAAACAUGUUUUAACUCACCUGUUAGUAGUAUCUAGUAAUGCAGAUAGUUUUGUUUCAAUCAUUAACCUUUUUUUGCCCCCAGUUAUGCAGCCAUACAUUUAGCACACAUCAAACGCAGGGCACAUGAGUACAACACUAAGACCAAAAAAGAAAAGAAAAACAUAAAUACACAGUAAAAAAAAAAAAAAAAAAACUCAUUUAAAAGGAUAUAGAAAACGAUAAGUUAAACCAUUAUGCAAAUGACUGCCUUGGUUAUUUUUUCUCCAAGUUUUUAGAUAUGUCUGAGAUUUCAACAGCAACACGUCUUUCCAGAAACAGUUUGUUUGCUACUCAGUAUCAAUUUUCACCGGACGACUACUACUACUACUUUCUGAUUAGAGACUAGCACCUCUAAAAACUGUUUACACUGUGGUUUAUCCAGAGUAAGCACCUGGUCACAACAGAAAGUGGCAAUUAAUUAGCAUAUUAUUGCGAAAUAGGUGGGACUAGACGUUUGUUGACUACUUGUGGGGCUAGUUGGGAAGUUUCUGUGGCUGGGAAGCUAACCAGUGUUAUGCUAGCUAGCUGGUCAUGUGCUAGCACGAGCCAGCCACAGGAGCCAACCAUCCAGGGCCAUGAGUACAUUUUAAAAGGUAUGCCAGCUAGCUAGUAGCAUGAUAGUUAGCUUGGUCACUAACCAGGCUGAAAGUAAGCUCUGCAUCUCUCUGUUCUCUCUCUCUCUUUUAAAAAAAAUAAACUUUUAUUAGCAAAUUGUUUUAACAACAAUACAAAAGUGCUUAUCAUUUAAAUUACGUUUUAUGUCAUCAAAAUGCAGUUAUAUAACAAAUACUAAAACAAAAUGUUUUUUUAUUUUCUUGUCCAAUCAUUUUGUCUUAAUUAUCCACAGUGCACUUGUUAUAUCCGACAAACGGUCCAAAACGCAAAGAUAUUUUGUUUACAAUCCUAAAUGAAUUAUAAAAGCAAGUACUCUGAAUGUCAUUUUUAGCGAAUCCACGGAUUGCUGUGAUUAUAUUCAAAUUAAUAGAUUUUGGUCCAAAAAUUAGCCUUUACGGAUGUUUAUGUGACUGGGCCCUAACAAGGACACUUUUUCUGAAAAAAAAAAAAAAUUUUCUGUUGAAUAUUUAAAUGUAAUUGUUUUAUGCUGUGAGCAUCACAAAAUACAUUUUAACUCACAUGUAUUGUGUUGGUGUGAAGGCUGUGAGCCAGAUCUCAAAACCUGGUCAGGCUAGACACUACUAGGGGAAUGUGACAAAACAUGCAUUUGUUGUAAUUUGGAUGGUCCCUUUAUAAGUACCAGUAAGUAGUACCAGUUGUAUAUAGAGAAUCAAACUGUUGCACGUAAAUGUAUCAACACAAAAAACAUUUUAAGGAAUCAUCUUUGUUCUGCUCCUGCCCCCCCCCUCACCUGACCCUAUACUGUAGUCCAUUAACUGAUAUUUGUGUUUUGCCUCUCGGCUUGAGCCAUUUGAACUGAUGGUGUUCUGCUUUCUAUUGAUCUUUUUCUUGUUUUGUUUGUAAAGAUGUCUUCAUGAAUGUAUUUUAUACCUGUACUUUUAAAGGUACUGUCCCAGCUCAUUAUGCUACUAUCACCGCCUGUGAAGUUAAUGCACACACUCUGGUUUCACCCUUGCUACAGUGAAUUUGUAACCCAUUCAUCACUGUGGACAACAUACUUUGUGUUGUUACUCUGUAGAGUGGCUUCUGCAGACAAAUCUUACAAAUUUGUUACAACCCAAACCCAAUUCACAAAACCCAGAGCAACAAACCAUUUUUGUCAGGAAGAGCCUAGAUAUUUCCUGCAUCAUAUUUUCUCAUCAUCUUAUUGUUCCCAAGCUCAUUAAACGGUGUCUGUUUCCUCAAUACUUCAGCUUGAUUUCACGCAGCUCUGCACUCUGUUUAUGACUUUGUUUUGUUUUCUUGGCCUUAAAAAACAGAUUUUCUGGCAUUAAUGAUGUUUUUUGCUCUGUGGAGUUUCUGUUUUCUGAUUUUCUGCCACAUAAUGCCUUAUUAGAACACAUUGGGUUUGUAUGUGAUAUACUAUUUGUAUGAUAGAACACAAGUGCACACACGCAUGCAUACACACAGUCAAACACACACACAAAUGCACACGAUUUGAGGCUAAGGAGGCUGAAGAGGAGGAGGUUACUGUUAGGGCAUUUGGUUAAUUUUUGUCAGAUCACUGCUCCUUUCUGCGUCGGCUGCUGUAAGCCAGCCACUUAGUCUCUUCUUAGUCAGGUUUUACACAUGUACAAAGUAUGAUUAUUGGUUAUUAUGUGACUGUUUGCUCCCCACUUGUCUUAAUGUUGACUCUUGUCAAAUAGUUUGCUUAAAAAAUGUUGUUUGCCACAGAGUUUGAUCAUGUUGGACUUGUUGGCCAUGUUUGAAGAUAUUAAUGUCUUGCUUGCUUAUCUCGGAGGUUGCAAGAACAAUGAGAUGUUUGGAAAAAACAGUGAGGUGUUUUAAAACCACUUAUACUGGAAUAAACUUGCUGAAAAUCAAA